AUGUCGUUGAUUGUGUUCUCCAUUGUCACAUUCAUUGGCUCAAUAAUGCUUCCCUGGAUGGUCAACUCUCCUGAAGAUGAGAAGCCCGACUUUACUCCCAGACCUCCUGCAAGCAUUGCGCCGAUUGUAAAGACGGUUGUGGAGCGUAAGCCCAGCUUGUUGACCGCCUGGACGGUGGCACACCUCAUAUUCGCAGGGUCUAUGGUCUUCGCUCCGUUCGUAACAUCAUUGCGUUUUGCAACAAUGCUGGUUGCAGUUUGCGGGAUACCGUGGGCACUUGCCUGCUGGGCUCCCUUCACCUUUAUGGGCGUCGAGAUCAACAAGCUCGGUAGCAGCCUGCCUACCUCGAGACGUGGCAGCCAUCAUUACCAGCGAGUGUCUGACGGCUCCAUCGAAAUGAGCUCGGAGGCUAGGAACGCUGAGAAGCCUGAUGAUUCUGCUACUGGCGAACUUGCUGGCAUCUAUCUCGGCAUUCUUAACCUCUACACGACGCUACCCCAAUUUAUUGCUACGGGUAUCUCCAUGGUAGUAUUCACAGUGCUCGAGCCUGGCAAGAGUCCAGAGCUGGCAAAGGACGCCCACCCUGAUGAGCAUCACAGUACGGAGGGUUUCAACGGCAUAGCAGUGUGUUUGUUCAUCGGAGCCUUGUGCUCAGUCGCGGCAGCUGUCGCAACUCAAAGCUUUAAGAAUACUGUAUAG